GACUCGCCCUUUUUUUUUACUAUCUGUAUAUAGUCGUUGCUACUAGCAGAACGCACUCCAAGUAAGGCAGGGAAUCAGCGUGAUACAAAGACGCAGUUCUGCUCAUUUUCUCAUUUAUUUUUCUUCCUCAUUCAAACUGAUUUGCUGCUCAAAGGAACUUGAUAAUCUGGUGUAUUUCCAUCACUGGGGACACUGCAAGGAGCAAACGCUUUGGAAUAAGGGAAACAUUACGAUCGCAGUUGUGUUUUGUUGCAACGUGGUGUGGGUGAAAUUACCGGCUUUUUUCACACUCCUUUGGUGAAAUCCCAUCCGGAACCUUGGAAGCGAUAGCCGAGUCUUCCAAUCGAGGUUUUACAGAAAGGGAUGCUGCUUUCAAAGAUCGGAUCCUUUACUCAUAUGUACUCGACAUCAAGCGUGGAUAUGCCGACGAAAAUUCAGUUGCAACAAGUGAAAGAACCUUUUGAAAAGAUUUAUCAAGUUGGACCUGUCCUCGGUAGUGGUGGAUUUGGGACUGUUUAUUCUGGAGUUCGGGUCGCUGACGGCGUGCAGGUUGCUAUCAAGCAUGUUGCUAGAGAUCGAGUGUCAGAAUGGGCUGAACUGUCUAAUGGAGCAAGGGUUCCCAUGGAGAUCGCGCUUCUGAAGAGGGUGGGCACGGGCUGCCGGGGUGUGAUCAAAAUGCUGGACUGGUUCGAGAGACCGGACAGCUUCAUCAUCGUUAUGGAGAGACCCGAGCACGUCAAGGACUUGUUUGAUUUUAUCACCGAGAAGGGAGCCCUGCCGGAGGACUUGGCUAAAAACUUUUUCCGCCAGAUUCUGGAGGCGGUGAGGCACUGUCAUAACUGCGGGGUGGUUCACCGAGACAUCAAGGACGAGAAUAUCCUGAUCGAUAUGAGGACCGGGGAGCUGAAACUCAUCGAUUUCGGAUCGGGGGCUCUGUUAAAGGAUACAGUCUACACUGACUUUGAUGGUACCAGAGUAUACAGCCCUCCAGAAUGGAUCCGCUAUCACAGAUAUCACGGCAGGUCUGCAACAGUUUGGUCCCUUGGGGUACUGCUGUAUGACAUGGUGUGUGGGGACAUCCCGUUUGAGCAGGACGAGGAGAUAAUUCGAGGGCAGGUCCUAUUCAGGCGGAGAAUCUCGUCUGAAUGUCAAAAUCUCAUCAAGUUCUGCCUAUCCCUGAGGCCUUCAGAUCGACCAUCAUUUGAAGACAUUAUUAAUCAUCCCUGGAUGCAGAAUUGCAUUAUUUCACAAGAUGCCAUUGGACUAAGAUUGCACAGUCUGAGCCAAGAGUCAACCAACAUUAGCUCAAGCAAAUUAGAACUUGUGAAAUAAUAUGAACCGAUGCUCACAAAACUAAACUGUCUCUGCCUUCCUUUGGAAGAACCAAAUAACUUGCCUGGUCUCAUUUACCAGAUUCCAUGGCCUUUUAAAUCUACUGAUUAGUGGGAGGGAUGAUGAAGAACCAGAACCCACUCCUCUGCUAGUUCCAGUUGUCAUUAACUUGAAUCGUGCAUUACGACAAGCCUGGCUCUUCCUCUUCGAGUGCCUUUUAUGAACGCUGGAUCCACUGACUUAAAAAUACUUGAACUUCUGCUGCUUCUGAAUAACUUAACUUUCCUUCGCACGAUCUUCAUAUGUAGACACAGAGACUGGUCUAGUCUAGCUACUAUUUUGUUUACAUCCUUUCAACAAAAUAAAUGAAGAAAAACCUUGUCACCUGGAUGAUCACCACUAAUCAGAAAAUAAUUGACCUCAACUCUUCUUCAUGCAGUCCACUAGUCCAAUACACUCAGUAUGAAGCCAAGGCAUGUCAGAGCAUCGUCAUCAAUGCACAACCAAUGCAAUGAAUGAACUCUAACCCUUUGUAUAUGUGCGUGUACAUAUAGGUAUGUGUAUUAUAUGUAUAUAUAUAUAUAUAUAUAUAUAAAAAAAUGUAAUUUUCUUGAAAUACUGAUUAUUACAGCCUAUGUCAGUGCUGUCCUGUUUACCUGUUUAUUUAUUUGAGUGAAGUUGAGGAUUUUUUUUUAACAGAUUUAUUAUAUAAAAAGGUUUGACUUGUGGGUUAAUUUAUAUUUAUUUAUUUAUGGACAACUACCUUCCAACAAACUUGUUCAUUCCACAACAAUUAAUUAUUUGGGCAGAUGAAGACCCACAGUAGAUCACGUCAGACUUUAGUUCAGUUCACUCUGUUUACAGCCCAAAAGAAAACAGUGAUGUCACUGAAAAGAAUUCCAGACUUUGUAAAUAUAACAUGGAGCACUGCUGUUAAAUGCAUGUUGUACCGAAUAUGUAUUUAAUGUCUAGACCUCGUUUUUUUUGGGGGGGUGGGUUGUUUUUGUGAUUUUUUUUUUAUGUGCUCUGUGGACUGGUAUGGGUUGAAUAAAAUACCAGUGCGAAAAUGUUUUUUUUUGUAUAUACAACAUCUACACUAGUUUGGUUGCAUGUAUGCAGCUUGGAGUUUGAACUGUUAUUUGAUUAGACCUGUAAAUUAAACUAGAAAGGAAAAACUUAUUUUUAUACAGCAUUUCAAAUAAAAUAAAAUUUGCCUUAA